UGCGUCGGAAGGGCGCGCUGCGCAUGGGCGGCGCACUUGAUGCCAUACAAAAUAAUGCACAACAACAGUCACUGCAACAAGAAAACCACCAGUACGAACAGAACAAUCACAAUAUGGCAUCAAUAAUCAAUACAAUACCAACAACAACAACAAGCACCACCACUACGACCACAGCCACAACCAUAGCCACCAACCACCACCAUCCGUUAUUGCAUUGCGAAUCGAAUCGUCAUUGCGCGCGUUGCAACACCGAGCUGGGACGCAUCACGAAUCGUGGAGCGCCGUGUCGUGUCUGCAAGCUGCGCGUGUGCAAAGUGUGUCGCGAAUUCACCUCCCGCACCACCGAUUGGGUGUGUGUGGUAUGCCAUAAGCAAAUGGAGAUACAAGCAACCACGUCCACCGGUAGUGAGUGGAUAAAGGAUUAUACGCGCGGAUCGAGUGGCGCGGUCGAUCACCUACCCACGACGGAUGUUUUGCGGCGUAGCAUACGACGAUCCUGGACGAUAUCAAAUCCUGAGGACGACUCGAACAAUCAAAACCCUGAAAAUCCCGUUACCGACAAUCUCUAUCCGCAACAAAAAAAUCUUAUCGAAGCGCAAUCUGCCGGCAGUUACCCCUCACUCAUACACAAACCCUUGCAGCAACGCCCACAACCAACUGCCUAUCAGAGCGGUAGCGCGAUUGGUAUAACCGGCGUGGGCGCCACACAUUCCCAUCCUUCAACCGAUUAUUUGGUCAGUUCUCAACGCCGAGUCCUACGCCAGUCGACCCUGCCAAGUUCUCUACCGAACAACGAUCCGAAUCUAAGUGGCAGCGGAGCCAAUUUGACAAAUUAUAAUUACGUUAAUCUCACCGCACCAACUUCGCCGCAUCAAAUGCAGAAGAGUCCAAUUUAUCCGAGUGCAUACAAUAGUGAUGAUGUCAUACACAUGAGCACCACUGAUUGUGAUAAUUAUUCUCAACAAAUACAACAACAACAACAACCUAUGAACGUACCACCACAACAGCAGCAGCAACAGCCACAGGGUGUAACACCCCAAACGCACCAUCGCCUACAGGUGCGCAGACAAUCAACCCUCCCGGCUAAUCCCUGCCAACCGCCCAUGUAUUUAUCAACUUCACCAAAUCGCCCUUACAGUCGCUCCCCAGAGCGUUCACCAGGCGAACAACGCUAUCCACCAUUCAUGCGUCAAACAUCCUUUCCGUGCAACUUGUCAGAGCCACCAACGCAACAGCAACAGCAGCAAACUCAUCUCAAUUUAGGCAUCACACCGCCUAACCAGUUAUAUCCUCGGAAGUUGCUUCCCACCUCGCCAAAUUACCAAGGUUCUGUCAUUUAUCAACAACAGCCCACGCAACAGCAGCAGCCACCACAACAGUCGGCUCAAUCAAAUUACGACCCACAGAUAGGGCAAACACAGCCAGCUGACGAGUUGGAUUACACACAAGUGGUGCCCAAACCACGCAUGUUGAGGCAGGCUACGUUACCCAACCCCGACCAACACAUCAAACUACUGCCCACGUCGCCACCAAAGCGUCAGACUUCACCACAAUAUCGUCGCUCUCCGGAAUUUAUGCGUCAACAGACCUUACCGAAUCCGGAAGCUUUUAGUGGCAAUUCGCUCUCAGUACCGCCUGGCCAAUCACAAGCUAAAUUCAUGCCUCUUUCACCACGCCACAAACAGAAUUUUCUUUUCCCGAAUGUGCAAAAUCCGCGACAGUUUUUAUCACAGCAACAUGUACCGGCUGUUGGAGCUGGAAGUGGAGAUGUAAGCACAACUGGCAUCAGCGCUGGCGAACAGUAUUCCAGCAGUCAAAGCGUGAACAUAUCGCGAGAUCAUGCCAAAAUGAUUAAGGUUCGCAGCCAUAGCAAUGAGGAGUACUCGAUCACAAAGCCACAUCUUACAGAAAACCGACGGCUUCUACCGGAGAUACCCACAAAUCGUGCAUCAAGUCGCUCGCCUAGUCGUCUGGUGCGUCAAGAAUGUGUCAAGGAUGAUCGCAGCAAUGCGACCGAUCCUAACGCACGCACCUUUGGAGAAGCUAAACAACAAUUUAAUCAAUUUCAAAAUGUCACCGAGGAAGCAGAUAAUCGUCCCGAGUAUAUGGACUACUUCGGCGACAGUACCAGCAGUUUCUUGGAGGCGGACGAGGUGCAGUACGAGAAGAACUACAAUGCCGGCUUCAGCAGCGAGCCGCGUAUAAUAUAUAACGACGGUUCUGAUGAUGGCAGCUAUAAUCAAUAUCAAAGUCCCAUGGUGCACAGUGCCGAGAACGUGCUCAUGCAUGAUCAAAACUACAGCUAUUACGGCCCGGAUGGCGGCUUGAGUGGCCAACCUUUGGUUACUGGACUAACUGCCAGUGGUGGUGCAUUGCCGCGAACACCACAAAUGCAUAAUCGCCUGCGACGGCGGCAAUCGCGCGAACUGCAAAUGCAACAAGAAGAAAUGGCUCACUUGAAUAUGCAAGCGGCUGACGCUUUGUCCACGGCAGCAAACAGUACGGAACCCACUGUAGUUACUAGUACUAAUGGUACUAGCUCAUCAGCAAAUGGCGAAUCUCAUAACAUACACGAAAGACGCAAACCUGAGCAGAUGCGCUCAAUAUCGGAAGACUCAGGUGCAAAAACAGGUUCUCAAAAACCAGUCACAAGGCGGUCGUUGUCACACCCUGAAAAGGAGACCCAAGCAACCAAAAAAGUCGAACCUACGAAAAUACCGAGCCCGAAACCAUUGGCUGAUAUUUUAGAUAAAACACGAGCUAAUACGAAGAUACCAGCCCCACGGCGACGUAAUAGCCGUGGCACAAAUGGUGCUGAUGCAGAAGACAGCACCAACAAACCCUAUUCGAACGAAAGACGAAACUCCGAUUUGUCGCUCAAGUCAGCAGCAGCAAGCAAAAAACACGAACAACAACACAAUUCCGAUGAACAGAAAACACAAUUUCCGCUCACAAAGGAGAAUGGCAACAACCAAUCACCAGAGCAAUCUAAGGAAUCAAAUGAGAAGAGUAGCAAUGUAAAGGACAAUGACAACAGCGAUCAAGCAAAAAGCGCUGAUGAAAUACAGAAACAGAAUGCAACAGACGACACGACAGAGAGCAGUAAAGACGCCACAACGCAAGGCAAGCCGACAAUCCCCAAGCAACACACAACCACAUUGGGUGAACAAGAGAUUCAAAAUGCUGUUGAAGCAGCUGCUGUCAUAUUCAAGAAAGUCGUGUUGCAACGUCGACAGGAGAAAAAAGCGGCUGAGGAGGAUGCCUAUGAUAUGGAGACGUCCUCGGAGUUGGAAUUCAAAUCGAUUACAUUUAACCAUCAACACUAUAACAUGGAUGCCGAUGAAUUUAAACUCGUCUUCAUUAAUUCAUCCGAUUCGUCAUCCUCAGGCAAGGAUGAAGAGUUUGAAGAUAGCAGCUCUACUACUUCGUCCACACACAACUAUAGCAGCAUCACUAUAGACGAUUGCGAUUGGGAUUACUUUGAGCCAUCGAUGAUUUGUACCACUGGCUCGAUAACCAAGCAAAUCUUCUUCUCACCCUGCCCCUCGCCAUUGGUCACGCGCCACAGCGCUACAAUGCGUGACUUCAAGUCUAGCGAGAGCACCGCCUCGCCCGCUGAAUCUCCGCUACCUUACCGCAAACCGCUUGUCUAUUGUCCGCGCAUACGCGAAAGUGACACCGGCACUGAUGAGGAGCUGCUCAUGCAAGGUGAAAGUUCUUCGCAAACCAGCUCCGAUGGCUAUUUUGUGCGUGCGCCAACCACCGCAACGGCGGCCGCCAGUUCGAAUGGUCGUCAACACCAGCACCAGCAGCAUCAGCAGUUGAGCAUGAAAACACGCAUAAAAACACGUUUUGUGGGCAAAGAAAGUAAGCAUCAUCAUCAGCAUCAUAGACAUCACCACCACCACACCGCGACUACGCAAACGCAGGAGAAUGCAACUCCACCAAUUAGCGGUAUUUGCAGUUGUGGCGGUACUACUAAGGUGCCGCUUAUUACACCACCGCAGCCACAACCGCAGUAUGUUCCCAUACCAGUGCCAGUACCGAUACCGGUGCCCAUGGCCGCCUUCCACAGCUGGCACCCCAGCGACCUAUUGAAGGGCGCCGCGAACGCUCAUGCCGCAAGUCACACAGACAUAUUGAAUAUUAUGGACAAGGACGAGCAGCUACGCGCAUCAUUGCAGAAGCUCUGGUGCACAGCUGGACCUGCAAUGGUACAGCAGACAAGCGAAGCGACCACCAACUUGCAAGCGGCCGCUGCUGCUGCUGUGGUGGCAGCUUAUUCGAGUGCGGCCAACUACCAGCAAUUUAGUGUCGGCAAGCCUGGGGAUCUUGGAGAUGACGAAGGCAGCCCUCUUAUGACGGGUAUGCAUGCAAGGCUAGCGCGUGCCGGUUUUAAAUCAUCCACACCAGAAUUAAGUGCCUCCAUGUACUCCCAAUGCUCCUCGUCAGGGUAUGGCACAACAGCGACUGCGGGCAGUUUGGAAACGUUAACCAGCAGCGGUUUGGGCGAAUUUGGCAGUUUGAGCCGGUUUGCGGCAAACAGCCUCCAGCAACAAACACUUUACCAACAACAGCAACAGCAACAGGGGCACUGUCUUAACAACAAAUUUGGUACACAAAGUACAAACGCCAUUGCCACCAACACAAUAGCGUUGCACCAACCAACAGACUCCAGCAUUGAAACUAAUAAGACUCUAAGCAAUACCAGUACAAACAACAUCAACAAAUACAAAAGCGCUGAACGUAAUCGCGGCGAGCAGUUCGCAUUUGGAAUGCGCGACCCACCAACAUUAGUAGCAACAAAACCGUCGACGCAUUCGAGUCGUGAUUUCAGUGAGACGGAUAAGCACGUUUUUGUCGAUGUGAACGCGUGUGAAACACUUGAAAAUGAAACGCCCACAUUUGUAGGUAGCAAAAGUCCAAUAACAACACAUAUUAGUGACUGUGAAACAAUACGAGACCAAGUACAUGGUACCGAUAAGCUGUCUUCGCAAGUCAACGCCGAUAUCGAACUUUCCGCAAACGCUUUAGCUGAUAAGUCUACAGACUUUGGAGCAUAUGCGGUCAUAGAAGAGGAAGUAACAGCUGCUGAAUGGCAGUUAUUAGCAAAUGAAUGCGCGUCUACUACUAGUACUGGCAAAUAUUUCCCUGAACAAAAGCAACAACAUUGGCAAAAGCAAAAAUAUCCAUUAAAAACAGUUGAAAAAAGUGAGGAGUCAAACGAGUUUGCCCAUUUGCACGAAAAACUUGCAAGCGAACAGGUAGGCCGGGACGAACAAAACAGCCGCAAUGCUAAAACUUGUAUUUCCAUACGCACAGCAAACAUAGUGAACCAGCAACCCAACAGCAAUAAAAGAAAUAGCAACAACCAGAAAAACAAAACUAAUAUUAAUAGUGACACAUACAAAGACUGGAGCAUUGCGGUUGUCGAAAAGGCGAAUGCGGUGUCGUUAACGUCGUCACGGAGUGACCAGAAUAUAAAGCAAACAAAUAACAACUCUUUAGCCAAACACGUCGGAAAAUCAACAACAACGACAACGCCAGCGACAGCGACAUCGUCUAUACCAAUUGUUUUGCAAAGAACAAUAAAAGGUGUAGUAACAAAAAGAAGCUCAGACCCAGAGGUAAAUUCAACACGACUAACAGGCACAGCAUCAGCGCGCAGUCGAAGUCAGAGUUGCGAUCGCUUUGAAGAAAACUUAGUGCAUUGUUAUGACGACCAGCGAGACAGCAGUGAGCUAAGUUUGAGUACAAGUCCAGCAGAGCGCUGUCAUCACUUGGGUAAAGUAGAAAAAACAGCGGCAAGCAAACAAAAUCAACAUAAAAUAAAGGUAGCUAACAACAAUAACACAACAGCAAGAACUCGUUUGCAGACCAGCGCUGACGCCAGCACUUUUAUUAAUUCCGCAACCACCACCACUUGGACUAACCACAACACCUUAAGUAGUGGCAGCGGCAGCGAGAGCUCCGUCAACGAAUGCGCUAACGUCGGUGACACAGUGAAAAAGGUGGUUGUUCCGCGGCACGGAAAUAGCGAUGUUGCUAAAGAGUACAGCAGCAGCGCGAAAACCGGCAACGUCAGCGUCGACAACUGCGGAGCUGUUGAAAAUAACGUUAAAGGCAUUGAGCAAGUCAUAGCCAACUGCGCGGUUGACUGCAAGCGCCAGCGCGUAGCUGAAACUAGUUAUCGUCAGAGCCAUAAGGCGAGCACUUGUAAGACUGCAGUGAACGCGACUAGAACCUCAGAACGACCACAACAACGACAGGAAAAUGUUGAAUUGCUUUUGUUAAUACCAUUAAAAGAAGAUGAAAAUAGUUUAAAAAAUCAACAGCAACAAUUUAAAAAUAUUUCUUCAACUAGUGCAACGCAAAACAAAUCGUACGGCGCUAUGAUCUCGAUUGGCAAAUUGAAAAACAACGUCUCAAAUACCGACGGUUAUCUACAAAGCGAGAAUGUAUUCUCCUCUUCAGACGCUGAAUCCGCAGCUAGUGGUGAUACAGAUUCGGAAGUGACCGCGAGUGAUGAAAAUAAACAAACAAAAUCGAAGCGUUUCGACGCGUCUAUCGCGUCGGGGUCCGCGUCCGGUUCGCGACGUUCGGUACAGCGUAGUUAUGAUAUCGCUAGCGUCGCUGGCAUCGACGCGCUAAUCGUGAGCCAUCUGGAUGAUGACGAUGAUUGUGACGUGGAUGGCAGCGCGGAUGGCGAACCACAUGUACACUUAAGACGUCCACAUUCGCGCAGUUCAGCCACAUCGGCGAAAGAUCAAAAUACAAAUACGAGCAGCGAAAAUACCACGACAAAUAGUUCAAGUUCCUCUGAGUCGGUAGACACCGAUGAUACUGGCACCAUAGCCGAUAGACGUCCCAAGAGCAAACAUUUCUCAAAAGUGUUUGUUGUGAAUCGCGUACCGCGCGCUCAACGCCGUCGGGGCGCUUCUACAUCUAGCGAAAAUGAUUCUCAAUCAUCGGAUGCGAAUCUCGAAGACUCCUCCGAUAAUGACACAGACACAGAGCGCACCGAUUGUUGUAUUGUAUUGAAUUCGGUGAAGGUCAUUAGUGAGGAGCUAGCUGGCAUGGAUGUGAGUGGAUGGCAUGUGACGCAUGAAAGUGAGAGCGAUGGCACAAGCACAAGUGACAAUGAACGGAAUUCCCAUAAUGAAGCUGAUUGUGAUGAUGGUGAGCGUAAUUUGGUUGAAAGUGAACGCGGAUAUGUCGCCGGCAAAUAUGUGGCAACCUCGAUCGACGAGCUUGCCAAUUGCAUUAUUGUCGUUGGCGGCGAAACCGAUAAUGACACAAACGGCGACAGUGGUGUGGUAUUGCAUGCCAUGCGGCUACUGAACGACGAAGAGACGGAGAGGCAGGCUUUUUGUGAACGCGAACGCGACCGUAAACAGGCCGCUGCGUCGGGCAGUAGUAAUAGAGCGCGAGGUGUUUGUGGCACAGUUAAUAAGAAAGUGGCAAGUGUGGCAGACAUGGCAAGCGCCAAUGGCAGCAAAAACGCAAAUAUAAAUAAUGAAAGCAAUAAAAAAAUUGAAGAAAGCAGCCCACAGUGCAGAAAACCAAACGAUCGCAAAAUACAACAAUCAGACCAAUUAAAAGCAGAGCAUGGCGAAACUGCAGCGCCAGCAAAAACAAGAACAACAGAUAUAAAGACAAUGGCAUCCGAAAAAGAAACAAACACAGAUACAGAUAACAAAACAGCUGUUGCAUUGUGUGCAACCUCUAAACAUGCCACAACCGAUGCGCCUAUGGUUUCGUUAGAUUUCAGCAUUCGAACAACAAGAACAAUCGAUGACGCGGCGAAACCAUUUGUACGCGCUGAUGGCGCAAUCCCCUCACCAAAUGCACAAGAUUGGGAAAUAGACACGCAAGAAGCCUGCGAUGAGUUGCAUAGCAUUUCAAACGAUGUAAAUCGCUUGCUUGCGUUGACAAAACAGAACUCGGAACUUGAGCUGAAAUUACAAAAGCUGCGGCGCGGCGUACAAGAAAUCAACCAAGACCAUUUGGAGGUAUUAGAUAGAAAGGAAGGUGAAUUUAUCGGCGAGACGGGGGCGGAUUGCACAUCCGCUACUACAAACGCGCCGCAUAGCACUUUAAAGUCUUCUUCUACUGCGGCAGUGACACCUGAGUGCGGCUUAAGCGAUGACGACAAUUGCGCGCCGCAGAACAAUAAGACAGCGAACAAUAGCAAUGACGCUGUUAUUGUUGUUCAUGAUAGCAAUGAUGAUGCAAUGGAUAGAGGGGCGCACACUAUUGGCGAAGUUGCAGAGCGAGGCGCGCGGACUGGUUUCGCAGCUGGUUUUGCACGCGACACCGAAACGCGAGAACAGCAGCAACAGCAGUACGAGUGCGAUAUGGUUGAGGACAAGAUGAAAAAUAGUUGGCAAACAGGUUGGCGUACAACAAAAACUAAAACAACUGAAACAGAAAAAAACACAACGAAGGAAAUUUAUACUGAGAGUGGAGCAAUAAAGAGGGAAGACAAUGAAUUUUCAACGAAUGAAAAAGUGAGUGAGCCCAAGACAGUUGGGGAGAAUGAGCCCGAGAUGCCCUUCCUAGAGAGAAGUUGCGGCGCGGAAUUGGAAAUAUUAGCUGAAGAUUCAAGCUGCACUAACAAAAACAACGAAGGCGCAGUGCUAAUGCAAAAUCAAGAAAUUAUAAGUGGAAAGGUGAGAGCAGAUAGUAAUGAAUGUAACACAACGCAGGAACAAAAAAACAUAGAAAGAGGAAAAUGUAAAAUAAAUCAAAAUGAAAAAGUGCAUAGCCAGCCACAGAGUGAACAAUUACAGGUACAAGAGGCUGACCAACCCAAGGCCUGCGAGGCAGAUAGUGGUGAAGAGGAUCACAUUUGUGAGAAGCGCGUAAGUGGGUUUAUCGGAAAAGAAACAUUGGUUGUGGAAGAAAAGAAAACACAACAACAAAAUCAGCAAGUCGCUCUCAAUACUACCGUGAUGAAAGAUGAUAAUCAAGUUGUUUGUGAUGAAAAUAAGAGGUGUCCAUAUAAUGUUGAUACAAAUGAAGUCUCAAAAGCAACAAACUUACAGGAAAGGCAAAUAACAGCAACAGAAACAAUGUGCGCGUUUGCUGAUCAGCAUCGAGAAGCAGUUAGUAGCAGCGUAGCACUCAAAGUAAACAACAACAAAGAAAACCCAAAGUCAGUUGAAGUGCUGGACGAACGGGCUAUUUAUCCAACAAACGAAAUACCAACAACUUUGCCUGCAAAUGCGACACAAAGGCAAGAAAGUAAAUGCAUAACAGCUGCACGGCGCGCAACUAUAAACUAUAACUAUGAAGGAGAAGAAGAAGAACAGGCACAACAACUCCAGCUACCAGCAUGGCUGGGACGAUUCAGCGAAGCAUGCAAAACAGCUAACGAACUAGCGCCACCACAAUCGCUCUCCGGCUGCUUUAUGGACUCGCUGGAGCCAACGAAUAUAUCAGCAUUUUUAACUAAUAUUACCUCUACACCAACAAAGGCAAACGCAGAAACCGACGAGCAAGAGCACAAAACACCUGAGCAAAAUGUUUACACAAAUGCAAAUAAAGCAACGGCGAUAGCGCAGCCGACUACGGCAGAGGCUUACCAUCCAGCACUGGAAAUGAAAGAGCUAACCACGCUGCAUAAACUGAGCACGCAGAUAGCUGAAGAGCAAGAAUUGCAAAUCAUAGAAACGGUAGAAGAGAAACAGUCUGAUUGGGAGAGUGAGGCGAACGACGCGACCGCUGCAGCAGAAACAGCAACAUCAAAUGUAAUAACUCACAAUUUGGAAAACGAACAUGCAAACAAUGAAGUGGCUAACAUCGUAGCAACGCGCUCUGGCCGAGUUAACGUUGUGGUGGCGAAUAUGGCCGUGGAAGCCGUACGCGCAGCGUCCGCUCGUGAAUUGGCCAACUCGUUGCGUUUAGUUGAAAAUGAAAUGUUAAACGUGAAAGACCGGAGCGACGGUGAUGGUGACGGUGGUAACAUUGACGAUUGCGGUGAUGUUUUGAUAGAUUCUACACAAAGUGGUAGUGCAGUUUUACAAAUUCAUUGCAAGCAAAGUGCAAAGGCACAACCAGAAGAAAAAGAAUACGACGAAUGUGAAAAAAAAUUAUUUGAAGAAGUAGUUGUGCAAAAACAGUUGAAAAAUAUCACACAAAUUGAUAGUAACAGUGUGCGCGAUUGUGUUGUGAAUGUUGAGAAGCGCGAAACGGUGCAAAGUGUAAGCGACAACGAAAACGUCUGUGAGGACAACGAAAGCCAACAAAAGGCUUACAAAGUUAAAAACAGCAGUAAUAACUGCAAAAGUGUUACAAGAGGCAACGAUAAAGUGAACACCAAAGUGGUAGUAGUGAAAAAUCAAAGAAUAGAAAACGCUAACGACUACGAGUACAAAGAGUGCGCGAGCCAAGGCGAGCGAGCGGCCAAGAACGUUACUGACGUUGAUUAUAUGCGCGUAAACAGUUCGGAAGAACAACAAAAGCAAACGCAAAUUAUCGCGUCGACGAACAAAGCGGAAUUAUCUAAGCGCGGCGUCUGUAGUUUGGCAGAAACUGUCGACGCUGAAGGAACGGCAACAGGGGCAGACCAAGUAAAAGGGGCUAUACACGCCAGUUACGCACCCUAUUUCUGCGUAAACAACGAGUCUUAUAGUGGUAACAGUCAAUUCGAUAGCAUAUUUGGCGGCGUGACCACACCCGCAACUUGCACGAAAUCCAACGCCGAUUCGUCCACAGGCCAUCCCUUCACUCCUUCUUCCACUUCACUUUCCGCCAAAUAUCGCAGCUUAAUUAUGAUUACAAAAGACAACGGUCAAAUUGGUAGCGACAAUGACCUGCUGGUCAACAGCAAUAAGAGCGGUGCAAUUGUGGACAAAGCGUAUUUGGGCUGCACAACAACCACCACAACAACAACAAUAACAACUAUAGAGUCAGCCGCGACACGUGUAAAACAACCCAUACAAACUCACGAAAGUCAACGUGGCAAUAGUGGUUGUAGUAUUGACGGCGCUGUUGGCAGCAGCGCAAAUGGCAGCAGUAUCAUACAUUUGAGUGGCUAUGAGCCGAAUGAGCUGAAUAGCAACACUAGCCAUGCAAAUCAUGAUAGUAGUUCCCCCGCAGCAGCUACACAAAGAACAAGUUUUAGCGACCCGCGCAGUACAGCCACAAGAAAUGCUGGCAGCACCAGCAACAACAACAGCGCAGAUAAUGACUCAUCGAUAGCACCUUCAUCGUCGUCGCUGUUGUAUGUGUCGUCAGCUGUUCAUGAUAUGAUAAAAAACAAUAAUAGCAGAGUGAAUUUUUCUUACACUACGAGUGACACUGAGCGUUUGCAUUAUCCAGUGAAUACAGUUGAUUUACUGCGCGAUCAGAAGAUAAUUUACGGUGAUUCGGAAGAAGAAGAUUUCGACAACCUUUCCAAUGGCCGCGGAAGUGGUCGCAGCAGCAGAGCGGACACGGAUAAUGAUGGUGAUUUUCUGGAAGAUGCGCCUAACUCCAAAACAAAGGCGGUUUGCCUUGAAGAUGGUUUAGCGGAUGAUGAUUCCUGGGUGGAAGAGAUUAGUCGUCAUGACGAUGAGGAGUUUGGUGACGAUACCACGCCAACUGCAUCUGAUUCGGAAGAUUUAAGUGUGGAUGGCGAUGACACUAUUUUAGCCAAUCGCAUGUUUGUCGAUCGUGAAGAAGAGCUGCGUGGCUACCAUCGUUCCACUAUUGAUUUCACUUUGCAUACUAUUGUGGAGGAAAGCUGUGAAGAAAGUGAGGUCGCUUCGCUGCGCGGCACUGAAGAUGGCAGCGAAGAGUUGGAUGAGAUGGAGAGGCGAAGACAGCGCACCAUCAAUCAUCAUAAUCGUUUGUCUGCUUCUGAUUUGGAAAAGUAUUUCUUUUUCGAUCUGGGUGAUGGCAAGGUGAUGAGUUCGAUUGACACGCGCGGCGAUGAUACGGCGUCGGAGGUGAGUAGUGAGUGUUCAGAAGGCCUAGAUUCGUUGGGCAUACCAGAGGAGAAUGCAAAUGAUAGUAAUAGCGCUGCAGAACUCGCCUCAUCGCGUCUGGAGAAGUACUUCUUGUCCGGUUUUAUGGGGUUCAGCGCAAGCGAGAAGAAUGAAUCUGAUGAGAGCGGCAGUGUUGGUAGUGAUAGUGAAGGCCAUCCAAGUCCGAGUCAGCGACGUAAGCGUUUAGUACGUGCACGUGGUACACCACGCUCCCAUAAUUCUUCUCUAGACAAUCUGCUGGUCGAUUCCCAGUCAAUGCCUACCGAUUCACUGGAACCGAGUCUUAUUCCUUCAACUGCCAGCGACCUUUUGGACUCUUCCGAAUCGGAAGAUUGUGAUGAGACCGUGCUACAUGUGAGUAGCGGUGGUGAGAAGGCUUUCGAGAGCACAUCUUCCGAUACAAUAAAACGAAAGAAACAGGUACGCAAACGGCAUGACUCGUUGGAUGAAAAGAAACUGCAUGACUCCGCAGAGGAUGCAAGCAAACCUUCUUUAUCGAACGCAGAAUGCCGCACUCCCACACCCGGUUCAAUCAGCAAUUCCCAAGCGAAGAAACAACAGCAUCAUAGCCGCGAUAGUGGUUUUGUUGGAAGCAAUGAUGAUCUUCUAAAAUCGCCUGAAUGCGAAUUGCCCACAACCAGCGCUUCGACGCGCACAAAAUCACCCACGGCACUGGAACAAAUUGAAGAGGUCAAAGAAUUGCCACUAGCUGGAUCCAGUUCAGCUAUUGUCUUGCCUGAGAUGCGUAUUACUACGCCCAAUAACAUAUCAACAACUCUGCAAGCAGACGGACUAACACUCAAACCACCACUGCCACCCACAGCUAACGCAAGUUUGGUACGAAAGGAUAGCUUUAACAAUUGGAGUUCAGAUGAGGAGACAAACCUGAUGAUGUCUAAAAUGCGACAGUUUUUCAAAACUCUCGUAGUCGCUACUGCCAAUGCUCAGCAAAACUAUGGUUCUACUAAUAAUUCAAAGGGCCCAACACCUAACCAGACCACGCCUAUUUCGGUGAGACGGAUGAAAACAAGGCCACAAUUGGCAUACUUUGAGAACGAGCUCACUCGGCUGAUGAAAACUGUACCGGGCAUAAAUGAUGAACAGGUUCGUGAAAUAGUAGAAUAUUUGAGUAGUGAGGACACAUGGUCCGAUUCAUGUGAUUCCUCAGAUUAUACAAGCUCCGACCUCGAGGGUAGCAAUCGUCGAAAAGGCGAAUUAAAAGAACAGAUAUCGGCAAGCUGUCAACAAAUCAUAAAUAAAUUCGAGAUAGAUGAGGAAGGCGAUCGGGGAGACGGUGGUCUACUGGAAGUAGACACCCACGGUCUGAACCCAGACACAGCACUGGUAUAUCAAAAGUUGGUAGCUUCUUUUUCAAAAAUUGCUGUGGGAAAUACAAACAAUACCGCCACUUUGCAAUCUACCGUCGAGAUGCCGUCGUCCAGCAAAGAGGAUAGCGUAACAAAACGCACUGUGGAAGAGGAUCAAGUUUCAACUGGAAGCACACACAGCACGGAGCGUUCUCCACAGCUGUUUGCCAAGGUAAUGCAACACAUCGGCUCACGCCUUGUUGCACUCAUGCACGAGGUUAAUAGCGGAAAUGAUUCACACGGCACCAACUCGCCCAUUGCGCCACAACGCAACCACCACAAACGACUUCAAGCUAAAAUAUCCAUCACCACCACAGAGGACGAAGAAGAGAGCCUUUCGGAGGGCGACCAAAUGAAGUCGGCGCGCAACACACAUCACUCACAACAGCAACAUUCCAUUUAUCAACACCACCUGCACCACUCACACCAUUUGUCACAUCAAUCGAAAUCCAACAAAGCGCUGCAGGACGAAGCAAACAAUCUUGCACGUAGCAAGUCACACGAUCUACUGCUCGACUCAGCAUCCACAUCGGCAGCUUGUAGCAGUGUAAGCGGUAGCAGUGCAAACGCGACACGUCCGCACCAUCACCAAUCGAGCAGCGGUGUUAGCGACACCGCCGGUGAAGAGUGUGGCGUAGCCAGCGAUUAUGAACGUUUCUCGUGGCGGGGUAGUUUUGAGUCGGCAUUACUGGCUAAUGGCGAUUCCAGAACCAAACUCAGUCAACUCGAUCGUGACAACUCAUCGUCUGCGUCCGCUUUGGCCGUUGCAAAGCGUCGCUCAGCAGGUGAUCUGUUGUUCAACCAUAAGAGUAUGAGUCGCGAGCAAUUGGAUCGUGUGCGCUCGUGUGGGAGCAUAGGUGGCGGCGAUGAAAGACAUCAAGAAUUGGAGGCAUCACCUGCCAAACCCUGGGUCACCUCCAUCGACUGCAAGGAUGUGCGGCGCUCAAGCGUACCAGAUGCCAUCUACGAAUCGGAUUCAUCCGAUGAGGACGCAUUUAGCGCACGCUCGACACUGCCGCGUAGCCUGACAGGUAUCACGCAGGUGGCAAGCACCAACUCGCUGCCACGCCUGCCAACUACAAGUAUGGGAGCAACAGCAGCUGGGGCGGCAGUAAGUGUGAGUGCGACGCAGACGGCAAUGGCCAGCUCAACGCCACUCACCAAGUCACAAGGUGCACUAAACUUCACCUCCAGUGGUAGUGCGAAGAGUGCGCGCUAUCGUUCGCCAGGUUUGGCCAGUCGCGCCAGCGCAUCCUUGAGUUCAAAGAAGUCCGGCACUGGCUUGGGACUACAGCAUUUCCUCUAUUCAAAACGUGAUGCACGCAAGCGGCUGAAUAUGUCGGGUGAGGAAGCCAAAGCCGCUGCUGAGGAAUCGAGCCAAUCGCCAGUUAUUGGUAAACGCAAUGAUCCUGCUUCGAGCCCGAUAAAGUCACGUAGCAGCGGCACUAGCGAAACAUGGCCAGCGCAAUCGGAUGAGGAUAUCGAUCGUUUGGUGGCGAUGCACCAGAAUCGCGAUAGUCUUAGUUCGUUGGGUCUCCGUUCGGAUUCUAUGGCCAGCGUUUACUCUGGUGCCGGCGAGGGACGCUAUGGUACAGUGGUGGUGAAGGGUCAAGUCGAAUUUGGUAUACAGUAUAAUUACAAAUUGGGGGCAUUGGAAAUUCAUGUGGUACGCUGUAAAGAUCUCGCUGCGGUCGAUGCGAAGCGUAAUCGCAGCGAUCCUUACGUCAAGGUCUACCUGUUGCCCGAUAAAUCCAAAGCUGGCAAACGUAAAACCAAAGUCAAGAAACACACACUCAAUCCGAUCUUCGAUGAAAUAUUACGUUUCCACAUGCCUAUUUCCAGCUUAGAGUCGCGCACACUGUGGCUCACCGUUUGGCAUUCGGAUAUGUUUGGACGUAAUGACUUCCUAGGCGAAGUUAGCGUAAAUUUGCAAGGAAAAGUGUUCGACAAUCCACAAUCCCAGUGGUAUUUGCUGCAGGAGAGGAGUGAACCGUUCGAUGAGGUGGCCACCUAUCGCGGUGACAUUGUCGUGGGUCUGAAGUAUAUACCACCUGAGAAUGUGCGUCCGGGCUUUAUGCGUAGUGCGUCCACCAGUAGUGGCAGUUCAAAUCUACGGAAAUUCGGUAGCAUCAAAUCAGUGGCGUCACGUUCCGAUCGAACGACGAAGGGCGGACAACUGCAUGUGCUCGUCAAGGAAGCGAAGCAUUUAAGUCCGAUCAAAGUGAAUGGCACCUGUGAUGCAUUCUGCAAAAGUUACUUGCUCCCAGAUCGCACGCGUAGCUCGAAACAAAAAACUCCAGUGGUGAAACGUUCAUUGCAUCCCACUUGGAAUUAUACUUUCAUCUAUGAAGACGUAUCGCUGGACGAUUUGUCCGAACGAGCAUUGGAAUUGACAGUGUGGGAUCACGAUCGCUUGGCGAGUAAUGAGUUCCUCGGUGGCGUGCGUUUUUCACUGGGUACAGGUAAAAGCUAUGGUCGGCCCGUGGAAUGGAUGGAUGCAACAGGCAAAGAGCUCUCCUUGUGGCAGAAUAUGAUUGAUCGCCCGAACUUCUGGGUUGAAGGCAGUUUAAUUUUAAGAUCAACUUUGGAUGGUAUACGUGGAAUACCAUAAAUAUAUUAGUGGCUCACACUUACCUACAUGACGACCUUUUGUACCAAUACAAUGCAAUGUAGCUGUGCAAUUAGAGCGAACCACUUGAAAAGUGAGGUGUAACUUUUCUAAGCAAGAAGUAAAAGAUGCAAAAGCAAACUAAAAAAGGUUUGCACAUGUUUAUACAUACAAGCAUACCUAUGUAUAUGUAAGGCACCCAAUUGUAAUAAAUUUGUAGUAAAUAAUGAAUUUUAUUUUGGUUUAAGUUCUACGUACGUUAAUCGUUUGCAACUGAAAAGCAUUAUAGCAUUUAGCAAAAAUAAGUGAGAAGACAAAGAAAUUGAAAUGGUGUUGAGUUUCGAAAAUGAAAACAAAAACAAAUUGCACCACUGCAGCAAAAACAAAAGACAAUUGAAAUUGAACAUACCUACAUAUAAAAAUAUGUAGCAACUUAGUAUUAAAAAUGGAAGAAAUUUUAUUAAAAAAAAAACGAACAACAAAUUGUAAGAAAAAACGUUCACACAUACAUAUGCAUGCAUAUAUUUAUGUAUAUUAAAAAUUUGAAACGAAAGAAGAAAAGAGCGGCUUUUGGGAACGAUUUUGUACACUCGAAUAAAGUGAAUAAAUUAAUUAUUGAUUUUAAUCAUAAGCAUUAAA